UGAUUGGCCGGCGCUUCAGUUGGUCAUCACCUGUUGGGACGUAAACAAAGAUGGGCGAAGUGCUCGUGAGUGUCAUGUAUAGAACCUGUUUUUCCGGGCAGUGAACGUGUAGAGGACUUGUGUGAGGUGGCAGCGGUGUUUUGGGCCACUAUUCCAACAUGCUUGUGUACGAGCAGGAUGAGGUGUACACCAUCCCCACCUCGCCCGAUGAACUCACGGUCUCAGGGAAGUUGCGGAUCAUAGAGAGGCGUAAUGGGGUGGUGGUAGAGUGGCGGUGUGCAGAUGAUGAGAAUUCCACAGACAGUGAUUGGGCAGUGAUCAACUCUGCAGCAGUCACCUUCACACACCACAAUAUAUCAGAUUCCGUUGAGAUCUCCACAUCAAGGCGAAACGUGCGUCCCAUCAGUAUAGAGCUGGUGGACCUCCGCAGUUACCGGAUAGGGCAGGAUGGAUCUCUUGUGCUGAUCCAGCGUGACGGGACAACUCACCCAGCACUGGCCUUCCACACCGGCUCCGUGCUGUGCUUUGUGGAGGUGCUGCUCAGAUACGUGGUGGUCAAGAAGUCCGAGAAAGACUGCAAUCUGUACUUGGUGAGUGACAAGAAGCAGGCAGCUCAGGAUGAAGAGCUACUUUCCAUGAAUCUUGUGCCCAACCGCCGAGGGCCAAUAGGGCCUGGUGGACUGCCACAAAGUGCGCCGCAGCGGGUUUGGGGCUUCCUCAACAACUUCAAGCGUGAUCCGUACACAACCACUGCCACCACUCUCUCUAAGUUCUAUGAUGUUGUCUUGUAUGCUGGAGUGGAAGAUAAUGUGCGAGACACAGUUGGUAGAGAGGAUGACAUGGCAGAGAUUUUCCAUAGUCUCAAUGGCUUUGAGGAUCUUGAGCCUGGGUUUGAGAUGUUGACGGAGAAGAGGAUCUUGAAUAAGCGUCCGGAGGUUGAGCGCCUGGCACCCAUGACCCACGAUGAGUUCCAGCAGUAUGUGGACGAUGACGGCAGGGUGCUGGAGGUGGACCCACUCAAGCAGCGCAUAUUUAAGGGGGGCAUCCACCCGAACCUGCGGCGGGAGCUGUGGUGCUACCUGCUCGGUCACUAUGUGUGGAACCAAACCUACAACCAGCGGGAGGAGAGGAAGCGGGAGAAGGAGAACAGCUACUACAUCAUGAAGCAGCAAUGGAAGACCAUCAGUGAAGACCAGGAGAGUCGCUUCAAUGGGUUCAAGGAGCGUCGAAGCCUCAUAGAGAAGGACGUCAACCGCACAGACCGCAACCACCCAUUCUUUGAGGGAGAGCACAACACCAACGUCACCCUGCUGCAUGACGUCCUUAUGACCUACGUGAUGUACAACUUUGACCUCGGCUACGUCCAAGGCAUGAGCGACCUCCUUGCCCCCAUCCUGUACGUGACCCAGGAUGAGGCCACUGCUUUCUGGUGCUUCGUGGGGUACAUGGACAUGGUGUAUCGCAACUUUGACAUGGACCAGUCAGGGAUGAAGCAACAACUGAAGGACGUGCAGCAGUUAGUGAGGCUGGUGGACCCUGAGCUCAUGUCCUACCUUGAGGCGCGUGACUCAUCAAACUUUUACUUCUGCUUCCGAUGGCUUCUUGUCCGCUUCAAGAGGGAGCUCAACUAUGCUAGUACAUUAAGGCUGUGGGAGGUGCUGUGGACAGGCUAUCCUUGCCCCAACUUCCACCUGGUCGUGGCUGUGGCUCUCCUGGACACAGAGAAGGACACCAUCAUGGAGAACAAGUUUGGUUUUACAGAGAUAUUAAAACACAUCAAUGACAUCUCUCUUCGCAUUGAUAUUGAUGCUACUCUGAAAAAGGCUGAGGCGAUAUACCUACAAGUGAAGUCAUCAUCUCAUGUGCCAGAGUCAGUGGCAACGAUCCUCAACCUUCCCCAACAGGACCCCCAGCCUUCCUCCCCAUGGCCUCCCCAGCAGGAUGGUCGUAGUGGAGGAGGUCAGGAUGGUGGCAGUGAAGUGGUCAGUAGGAGUGGUGAGGACAUGACACACGACAGUGGAGACGUGGUGGAGGUGCUGAGCAACUUGGGCAUUGUGGGUGUAGUGAGCAGCAUGAUCGGCUCAGCAGUGCGGCACCUCAGCGGUGACGAUGACAUGACGGAUGCUCAGCUGGAGGUGCCACAACAGGAGAGACAAGAGGAGGAGAGGGAGGCCCGCUAUGAGACAGCUCUGAGCCACCAGUUUGUAUAGUGAUGAUCACAGAUGACAUGGUGUGUGUUAAGAUGAAUGAUUGGAGAAUGAAAGAAUUUUUGGUUGCCACUUAUUCCAGUUUUGAGAAUCAUUUUCUUUGUACAGAGUGUCUUGGUCAGCACAAGACUUCAUUCACUUGUACAGCUGAUGGCCACUAGGGCUUGGAUGAGUUGGAGGUUUAGGGUUUUGGCUGGUAGUCUCAUUUCCUGUGGUCCAUUAAUUAAGAGGAGAACCCCCCCCCCCCCCCCAGAUUUUUUUUAUACAAAAUCUAAAAAAAAAAAAGAAAAAAAAAAUCACUGGCCAUUCACAUAGUGGUCACUAAGUUUUGUAUUAUGGUUUUAUAAAAACAAAAAUUUGAAACUAUUCUUAAAUGGAUUCUAGCUAUUGCUCAAAUAUAAUUUUGGAGUCAAAUGUAUAUUUUAGAAUCCAUAUUGCUGUUUUCAUGUAAUGACUUGGGUGGAGUUGGCAGACAUUCAUAAGUUGAGGGCCUCAGUGUGACUGUUCCUGAGGUGAGGAGCAUGGAUGCUGCAUUGACCCGUCUGUUGCCUCCCGAAAACCUUUUUAGAAACCUCUCCACAGAACAUAAACUCUGUUCCAUCUUUCCAUUAGAAUUAUAUAGCAGCUUAAUUUUUUUAUACACUAUUCUGAGGGUUGUGAGAAAAGAGACUACUUGAAUACCACCACAAGCUAUUAAAAAAUAGCACAAGGCAUCCAAGAAUAUUGUAAUUAAAAAUAGCAGAGCAACUACUUUGCAAAAUGUUAACUUGUGUCCAAGCUUAAGUAUAUACAUACUUUGAGUUAGCACCAUGUGUGUGACAUGGAGCAGAGGGAACACUAAGCUCUGGUGCAGUGUGUGUGUGUGUGUGUGUGUGUGUGUGUGUAUAUAUAUAUAUAUAUAUAUAUAUAUAUAUAUAUAUAUAUAUAUAUAUAUAUAUAUAUAUAUAUAUAUAUAUAUAUAUAUAUAUAUAUAUCUAUAUAUAUAUAUAUAUAUAUGACAAAUAGAUGUAGUUUAUGUACUAUAUAAAUAUAUUUUUAUCAAAUUAUAUAUUGACUCUUGCUCAUGGUGACAUUAAUUAAUUGGUGUAUUUUUGGAUACUUCUGAGAUACAGUUUGACAGUUUACUAUGUUGCUGUAAAUCUCUCUAAUUCCACGGUAUCUGGAAAAAAAGUGUAUGUGGCUGCCUUCAUCAUCCAAGGACAAUAAAUCAGGUGUGGUGUGUGGCCCAGGCCGGCCACUUCUGAGGGGCACAGGCAGCCUGCUGCGGGAAGGAUCUCAGAUCAUACCAUUGUCAGUUGCUCAAGACUGCACUGGUAUUUUAUUCUUGUAGAAUGUGUACCACAACCACUUCCAGCCAGAUCCUAAAAUGCACUAAUUAAAAAUGUUUUUUUUUCCAUCAGUAAAACUGGUAAUUGCCAGUGAAAAUGUAGAAGCUUGAUAAAAAAACAUUAUUUUAUAUUUCUUGUACAUUUCUGUGAUAUAUAUAGCAAUGGGCUUCAGUGGUCGUAACGUCAUAAUGUUGAUCAACAUAGUCUUUUUUGUCACUGAAAUAGAUGAGUCUGAUUAUUGUUGGUUGGACUGAGAUGUGCCACGGUGACACACAGACAGAGAAGCGAGUUGUGGGUGUGCCAAAAGCUGAGCCAUGACUCUUAGGCAAGGUUUUGGAAGAAGUCUAAGACAGUUUUGCAGUGACAAUGGUGAGGUGAAACUUUGAACAUGAUUAUUAUAAAGAAUUUUUAUCAUGUCUCCUCACUUGAGCAAUAAUUUUAAAGAUUAUUUAAUUUUCAUUACUAAGCUACUUUUUAUUCACAAGUAAUGUACAUAUUUUUGUGGCCAAAAGUAUUUCAGAAGAAUAGAAACUUGAAGGCACCAUUAGUUGUUCAGUCUUAAUUCCAUCCCUGAGUGUUUAAUGAGGUGUUUGAGGUACUUCUGUAUUUAAAUUUAUAUAUUUACUGAUCUUCAAUUGGGAAUUUCAUUAUUAAUGGCCUUAAGUCAGUAAAUGCUCACUAUUUAAUUUUGACUCUUUGAGGGAAAAACGUUCUUAUAUAUUAUAUAUAUUCUACCUUUCCUCAUGUGACAGUUCACCAUUGAUGGAGACCAAAUUAAAGGACAUUGAUACAACCGAUGAGUUAUGUAAGUUUUUGUGAGAAAAUAAAUAACCAUUUGUAUAUUA